GAGGGCUCCAAGGAUGCGGCACAAAAGGCUCGCCUCCCUCCCGACCACCAAACAAUCUCCAAGAAUAGCGGGGGGGACGGCUAUAAAUCGGAAAAUCUGCCCCUCAAGUUUGCCAACUUUAGGAUAGGCCGUGCAAAUCCAUUUCUUGCCUUGCCGGCACAGCUCUGCAUAGCUCCUCCCAAGCUUUAGGAUUAGGAUUUGGAUUUGGAUUUGGAUUUGGAUCGGGUGUGUUUCCUGCGUAACCAUGAGCGAGAUCAUGAAGCUAAAGCGUGGGAUCAGCACCAAACCAGGAGACCACCUCGUCCAAAAUGGCCAACAACAUCCAUGUCACGAAUGGGAGGAGCAACAGCGCUACUGGCCCUCGCCGCGGGCGCCGCCGGCGAGCCCGACGGAGUCGCCCAGGACCCCAGGCGGGAGCCAGAAGAAGGCGGUUCUGGGCAAGGUGAAGAGCAAGGCCAAGAAAUGGAUGCACAUGCUGCAUCACAAGAAGAAACCCGCGCCACCGGAGGAGAUGAUGUGGACCCCCAGGGCCGGGCCUGGACCCAGCGCGGCACAAGACAGCAUGCCCAGCAGGGAGGAGCGACACGCCGCCGAGCACCGUGGCACUGGCACUGGCACCCCCAGGAAACCGCAGCAACACGCGCCUUCCUGUUCCUCGAGCGAUCCAGAGCGGGCGUCCGAGGUGUUCCUGGAAGCGUCACCGAGGCAGAACUCGCCGGUCCCGAGCCCCACCGCGCACAGGCAGCAGCAGCAGCCGCAGCCGUACUUCAAGGUCAGCAGCAGGUUCGAGUCGGAGAUGAAGGAGGCCAACGAGAUGCUGAUGGAGUCCAAGAAGCUCCGCGUCAACACGACCAAGCCCAAGACCAAGACCGUGACGUUCGCGCCGCCGGCCGUGGAGCGCGAGCAGCCGGGCCCGGGCGGCGAGAGGAGCGGCUGGAAGAAAGACUGCAGGAGGGAGCUGCCCGGAGCAGCGGCGUCCCAGGCGCUCCGCGACGCGUUCGCUGCGGUCCGCCAGACGGUGCUCGAGAUGGUCGCCAGGAUCCAGGAGGCGGUGGCGCUCGUUGACGGACGGCGGCACGUGGUAGAGAGGCUCGUGUCGCUCGGCAGGUACCUGGUGAUGAAGCUGGAGCCUGGGCAGGACGACACGUUGCUCUCGGAAGCGAUCACUGACGCCGUCCUCGACCUGUUCGACGCGUGGAGCGAGAGCGUCGAGAGGCCUUUGGUGCGACGGGCGAAGGAGAUCUCUUCUUGGUUCCUGCAGGAAGGAAGAGAAGACACACCUCCUCCUGUUCCGCCGUCUACGCGUCCUUGUGCGGCCGAAGGUAAGACCAUGUGCCGGCCAGAGCUAAUCCUGUCAGCAGAACAUUGUUAUUGGAUUAGUGAUGGCUUGUAGAUUAACGCGAUGCAGAUGCAGAUGUGUUUUAUUCCUUAGAGAAUUGACAGAGCAGCUUGAAGCAAGAGAUCGAGACAUUAUGAAACUACGUCGGUAGAGUUCAUUUACCUAACGAUGUCAGGAAGCUGAAGGCAAAGGUCUCCACGGCUUUGUACCUGAGAUUUGAGUGAGAGAAAGCAAUAGGCAAUCUUGAUGAAGUUUCUCUUCAGUAAAGACCAUGUAUUCACGAUGCAUGUAACUAGGAGCCAAACACAAUGUGUAUAUCGUAAAAGAAUAGACCUAGUGCUGAAGGCUGUGGGGUGGAUAAACCGAGGCAAAAGCAUUUUCUCCCGUAAAUAUGGAGAGGCGGCUCUCACCACUACGUCAGACCCGUUCAAUGUGUAUAUCAUAGACAUGUUGAAAUAGAAAUCCCCAAUGGCAGAGAACAAUUGUGGAAAAGGUAUAUAGCAUUUCUCUGGAUCAA